AUGAGGGCACUUGGACCGAUGGUCUGUGACAUUCCUGUACCCCACGUCGCAAUGAUCACAGUAAUAUUGGUUCCCCGUCACUCCCGGCAUGGAUAUGAUGGCAUCAAAUAUUGUAGAGGAGCGAAGCGACCAGCCAGGGCCAGAAGGCUAAGAAGACAAGUACCAGCCUCGGCAGGUUCAGUCGAUCUGGCAGCUCAGCAGGACGCUUUAGAAGCUGAACAGGUGGCUCAGCAGGACGCUUCAGAUACCUUACAGCCGCAGCUAGUAGCAGCUGUAACGGAGCAAGUCCUAAAGGCAAUCCGCGAACAGUCGGCUGGUGGUCAAUCUGGGGAGGAAAGAGGACGUGAACGCCAAAGAAGCUCGAGAGGAAGGAAACGUAGAAGACGGUCCUCUUCAGGUAGCAUGUUAGACUCUAGUUCAGAUGGAGAUAAGUCGGAUAAUGACUCAGAGGACAGCUCAUCCAGUGAGGAGAGUGAUUCAGAUGAUGAGCAACAGCUCUUAUCAUCUCCAAUUUCUUCUCAAGUCGAUAGUUAACUCAAAAACAAAAUAUAGCAAAAUAAGUACUUUGACUUUGCAAAAUUAAUACCAAAAGAUGAUUUUAGUAGGGAUAAGUCAGUACACUUGCAAAGCAUGGGAAAAUCAGAAUUUAAGUGUCUGACCUCAAAAUCAAAA